AUGUCUGCAGAUGUCUAUUCUUCUUCCUCCACAGCCCCAGUGUCCUCUCUUCAGCUGUCCACUCAGUGUCUGACCCAUGGAGAGAUGAGGGUGUCCUGCUCUUCUGAGGGGGACGGUCCUCAGUACAGAUGGACUCUGGACGAACACCCACUGAGAGACACUGAGGCCUCUUCUGGUGACGAGACAAACACCAUCACACUGAAGAAAGGCCUGUCUGGAGAUCUCACAGUACCGUCAAAAACAAAAUCAACAGUGUCACUGUGAGCAAAAUAAUCUCCCCCUGUGAGGGUAAGCUACUGUUUAAUUAAUUUUGUUAAACAUAAUGAUGAUGAUUAUAAUGAUGGUCAAUCUUUAUCAAUGGACAUUGAUUAGAAAGCACUACCCAUUUGCCAGUAUUAAAUUCAGAUACAUGAUUCCUGUUUAUUUUGGAGGGCUUAUCCAUGUAACUACACUUCCAACAGGACAAAGAUAUCAGAGUGGGUGAUUGCCGUUGGUAACACCUUGUGA